AUGUCGAAAUCAUCUCCACCACCGAGCGCCGAGCUGCCGGCUGCGCCCACCGAUCCUUUCACCCUCCGUCAUUCCACGUCACCUCAAGCCGUCAAAUACCAUGGCACUCCCCCGAUACAACAUGCCAUUACUGUUGCGGCAGCCAUCCUGGCGCCCAUAGGUAUGGCUCUGCCACCUCGGCGCUUCGGCCCGCGCAACUUGCUGCUGGCGGCCGGUACCUUUUUUGCAUCAUCCCAACUAGUCUACGACUACACUGGCCAAUCCAUUUACCAGCGGUUUCAGCGACGGGCCAACCAGUUCUCGGCCUUCCAAACACAAGACCUUCCUCCCGCAGCGCUACAACGGCAGGCGGCUAUGCGCGCCGAGCGUGAGCGGCGACGGCAAAUAGUGGAGGGGCCGAGCGGGCCCGAGGCGACAGACGGUACAGCUGCGGAUCCACCAAAUGCCGGCAAGCUGCAUAGCCUUUGGAUGGGCAAUGAAAAGGAGGACUGGAUCAAAGAGCGAGCGCGGCGGGAGCAGGAGACGCUGGAGUCGGGCGGCGGAUACUGGGACCUGAUCAUGAACCAAAUUGGUGAGGUGGCGGCAGAUCUGAUGGGCAGAGGAAAGAAGACUCAAGAAAACGCAACAGCGCCGCCGAAAGCGGAGAACGCUGGGAAGUAG